AUGAGAGGAUUUGCGAGCUUCCAGAACUCAGGACUGAACAAAAACACUGGCAUUUUGAGCGGGAGGCACCAGGUCUUCGUAUUCUAUUGUGUUCGUGUAUUUUUGGUUAACAUUCUAAUAAUAUUUUUUCUGACUUUCCAGAAUAAGACAACAAAAAAGGUCUAUGUCAAGUAUGUGCAAUACGAGUUGACCUAUGCUUUCAAAAGAGGAGUGUUAAGGAAUUACACAGGGACGAACAGGUCUCUUGAGCUGUUUUCUGUGGAUCUGGGUUACUCUUACUCCUGCAAGGCUGAGACGGUGUACAUGGGGGGCGGUGUGAGUCUGGAUCUGACUCAAUACAGGGUUCAGGCCUUCGAUAUCAAAAACAAGAAUUUCGGACCACCUGAACUAUGCAAGGCUGAUCAACCUGACUACCGCGUUCCCAUCGCCGUGGGCAUAAUCCUCAUCAUACUCAUCAUCAUUGUAGUCAUUGCUUACCUCAUCAAGGGGCCUGAGAUGAAGACGUUGAUGGCUGUCAUGUAA